ACAGCUAAAGUAGAUUGAAGGAAAAAAAAAAGGUAUGAUCUUUCUCCUUUGGAUCCCUCAAAUCUAGGUUUUUACUCAUUAUAUGCUAAAUUUAUGCUCAUAAAUCCUCUAAAUCAAGCAUGAAUUACUGCAUUUGAGGCUAAAGAUUGAAGCUUUACUUUGAUUGUUUCAAGUAUUUUUCCUUUCUUCUUUGUUAUGCAUUCUGGUAGGUUUUUUGUAGCUUGGAUCUCUUGGGUUUUAAAUUUAGUUGGUUCUGUAAUUGAAGGUGAUUACUUUCUGGGGUUUCAGUUUUUUGCUUGAUUUGGUUAAGGUUAUGGCUGUUCUAAUUUUGGAGUAAUGUUGGUUGUUAUUUAGUCAAGUGGGACUGACCUUGAGUUCUAAGCUCAAGUUUUCGGGGUUAUCUGGUUUUAAUUUUCUGACUGUGAGAGUGUUAAGAGUUGCUUAAUCUGUGCCGGCGUAUUUUGGGAAUUAGAAAACUGAACAGGUAACUGAUGGCAUAUUUUCAACAUUUUCCUUGCAUUUUUAUAGCCAUCUAGGAGUUGACUAUGUUUUUCGCUUCCCCAAGUAGCUGGGUACGGUUUUGUCGUUCCCUGAUCUUCAAGAAUAUGGAUGAUAAAACUUCAUAGAUAAAAUGCCCUGCAUUAAAGUUUUCUAUAGUACUUGGCCGUCUCUGUCGGCUUUGGCUAAGUUGUAUACCAAAUCAACCAUUCUGUUCUUUAUUAUUAAUAUUUUGAAGUGUGGCAAGUCCUUUCCUUUCCUCCUUUGCAUUUUGCACUCUCAUAGUGAUAUGUGAUGAUCCCAUGCUUCAUGCUAUUAUCAUUUAGAUUGUCAAUGUUUGAUUGUAGAUCAUUAAGUAGAACACCUAACAUGGUAUUUUUAUAGAGUUAGGAUUGAUUUACACACAACUCUUACAAACAUCAUUUGC